UUUAACAAGAAUGCUGUUCCGUUAGAAGGUAUGGCAAACAGGCAUGGGCCCAUGUUAGCCACGAGUCAAGCGAAUCUUCAAAUGGAAAUAACCCAGCUGUUUCUCUCGCAACUGAGCAUACUUCUAAUGCAGUGACUACUGCCUCUUCUGCUGUACCAUCUUCAGAUGUAAUGAGUGUGCCUUUACCAUCAACAUCGACAGAAUCAACCGAUUCUUCACAGCUGCUUCCAAGUACAAGUCCAUCAGCACUCUCAUCCCCACCACACUCCAUAAAAGACUUCUUACUCAAACAGCUAACCCCUCAAUUUGCUAAAUCAAGCAGGGGUAGAUCUGCAAGGGUCCAACGUUUUCGCUAUGGUGAGAGCCUUACUACAUCAGAGUGUAUUGAGCGAACCAUGGAGGAAAAUGCCAGGAAGGAGGUUGCUACUCGUGGACGUGGUGCUGGUCGUAAGGGUAAGGGCAGGGGUAAAACAUCUGCCUCCAGUACUGCUAGAAACAGCAUUGGAUCGCAAAACCCUCAACCAAGUACAAGUCGAAGGCAGAGUAGAUCCAGAAGUCCCAUAGGGAGGUCAGAUGAUGACGAUGAUGUCCCAUGCAACAGAUGUGGACUUAUAGGAGAGUCCAACAGUCUCUGGGUCCAGUGUGACCUUUGUGACUCCUGGUACCACGCAUUGUGUGCAGGUGUUACUUACAGUGCUGUGGAACUGGAAGAAAUCGAGUGGAUAUGCGACUUUUGUCAUCAGUAGUGGGUAGAGAUGAGGUGGUGCUUAAUGCCCCCACAAGUAGUAUGUGGUGCAUAAUAAAUGACUUUUCAGAAACAUUUAUUUUUCAUAGUAAACAAGACUUUUUUUUGCAGCAGAAGUUCUAGUAUUGUCAAUAAAGCCCUAAUUCAUCAAUAUGAUAAAAGUAUUUGCAUUUUAAAAAUUUGUAUUUUGAUAAAAGUAACAAAUUAUAAAAUUUAAGGACAAAGCUGGUGCUUAAUGCCCCCCUUUACCCUAUUAUUAUUAUUAUUUUUUUUAUUAAUUUUUUUUUUUGGUGCUCUCACAUUUUGUCAAGCAGA